CCGUCCCUUUGCCAGGGCUGCCCCGGAGUCAAAAACUAGUGACAUCAAAGUGACGCAUGCGCAUUAGCGUCCACAAUGUCGCUGUGCGUAUGUAGACCUUUACAACGAUUCGUUCAUCGACAAAACGGUUUGAUCUCCAAAGCAGUGUGCGUCCACAAGCUGUACAGUAGCGGCAGUGUAUACACAGACAGCUGCUAUGAUGGGCUGUAUCCCGGACAUAUCCAAACCACCCCCAUCCAGAAAGCCCUGCUGGCUGUCGGGUCAGGUGUGGCAGCACUACAGAAUCCCUACAGGCAUGACAUGGUUGCAGUGCUCGGAGAGACAACAGGACACCUAGCAUUGGUAAAUCUCAGAGACAAGAUGAGAAAUGAUCCUGAAGGCUACACUAUCCUAAUAGAAAGGCCGAGGAUCCGGCUUUCCACACUCGAUCUGAAGGAGAUGGCCUCACUGCCUGAUGGCUCUUUUGGCAGAGAAUACCUUCGCUUUCUGGAGGACAAUUGCGUGACCCCUGACACAAGGGCAGACGUGAAGUUUGUGGAUGACGAGGAGCUAGCUUACGUCAUGCAAAGAUACAGAGAGGUUCAUGAUUUGCUGCACACCUUACUGGGGAUGCCCACCAACAUGCUGGGUGAAGUGGCGGUGAAAUGGUUUGAAGCUGCUCAGACUGGGCUCCCCAUGUGUGCCCUGGGAGCUGUGUUGGGCCCACUGCGGCUGAAUGCAAGCCGUUUACAGUUGCUGUUUACAUCCUUGGGCCCGUGGGCUCUGCAGAACGGUCACCGGGCCCGCUGCGUCCUCAACAUCUUCUAUGAGAGACGAUGGGCACAGAGCAUCGAAGACCUCAGACAAGAGCUCAACAUAGAGCCACCUCCUGUCAUAGUCAGCGCUGCCAACAAGAGGGACACCUGAGAAAGACUGUAAAAGAUGAUUCAGGAAUCACCAGACAAAAUUCUCUUCACAGCGGACAAACCAGAAAUGAUUUAAGUGUUAUACUGUGGGGAAGGACGGUAUUAACUACAGAGGAAAUUUCACACUUGCCAAACUUUGGUUGGUUGGCUUUUCCCUAAAACUGUGAAUCAUUGUGAGUGCAGUAAUUUCAGCCGAUGAAACGUAAGAGUUUUUGGUCCGCUGGACCAGUGGUUUCUCCCCAAAGGGUCACCAGAUCAGUCUGAGAGAUCAUGAGCUGAUCGAAAGAAAGAAGAAGAAACUAAGUCCUGAUAUAUAUUUUUUUGGGACGUUUUUCUUCAUGCGCUUGUGUUGUGAAAUAGUAGAUAAUUUUAUCUCAGUUAUAGUGAGCCAAAAAAGUUGGAGGCACAGCUGUAGACAGCAGGUCUGGUUCAACAGGUCUUGUUGAGUCACUGUGAGUGGUAUGUUGUAAGGUUUUUUAUUUGUAUCAAUGAGAAAAAUAAAUUAAAAAGAAUGAAUUAUGUCUGUUAUUAAAUACUUAUAUUCUGCUGUGAUAUAGUCAGUAUUGAAAAGUAAUAUUAUUAUUGGUCCAUUAUUAUCAUUUUUAUGCCAAAUUUCUGGCCAAUUGUUUUUCUAAUGUAAAACUGCGGUCAAAUUAUUGAGAAUUACUUGUCAUGAAUCUUAAAAAAACCCCAUCAGUGCAGCUGCCUGUGUUAUCGUAUAGAUCAAUCUAAUACUGAGCCCCUAUUUUUUUCACAGUAAUAAUAACAGGAAGUCAGUGUGUACACUCCUCGGCAGGUGUGUGAGAUGAGCAAAUCUGGUGUCAAAAAAUACCCUUUAGUUUUUCUAGCUAAAAGCAUUCUUGUGGUGAGAGCCCACUUUAAGGUUAUGGUAAGGUUAUUUUUAGAUAUGUGGGUUAUGUGUUAAUUCCACAGGUCAGAACGCAUGAAGACUUUUCUGUUAAAUGCCGCAGCCAGCUGUCACGUCACACAUUUAGUUCAGUGUCGCUGUGCAGCUUUAAAUUUUCACAUUUUGCUUUGGACACACUGCAUGAAGACAGGCCAUGAUUUCACUGUAAUUGCUUGUGGAUAUGACAAUAACAUGAAAUAUUAACAACCUCUAUCGUUUUAACAUCGCUAAAAAGACAGUUUUACUGAACUGGAAAGACAAAAAUAACCUCUUAAAAUCCCAGUGGGACCUUCUGAUAUCAGAGUACAUUUCAGUAGAAGGGCAAAUAACACGGAACACAAACAACCACACUGAUUUAUUUCUCGGAUGUUGGGCCCCAUUCAUCAACACCCUCCUGAGACCUGAACUUUUGUUUGGUAUGCAUUUUCAAUUUGUCCUAGCUAUUUGAGAUUAGCAGCCUCUGAUAAGUAUAAAAAAACUAAAGAUUGUCAACAAUAAUAAAUAAAUUAAUGGAGUCCCAAUAUCCUCAAACGAGACAACAGUAAAGCCCCUAAUGUCCUCAAACGAGACGAUAAGAAAGUCCCAAUGUCCUUUAACGAGCUGAUGAGAAAUCCCCAACGUCUGCAAACAAGUACUUAACAGUUUCUUAGCUUGUUACUGUUGCUAAAAUUGGUCAAAUUUGUAUGGCUAAAAACAUUAUUAAUCAUAAAUAAACAAGUUGUAAAUAAAUAACCAUGAAAUGUGAUCAGGUUUUCUACCUUGUCCACUUUUGUGUCGGGGUCGGCAGCAGACUGACUUGGCCGAGAUGGCUGCCAUCUUGUUUUUACAUGGAUGAGUGUAUUGUGGUCUUACUACCACUAGACGGCACAAAAAAAGUGUCCACGAACAAGGACGAGAGGUCUAAGUUAAGCAGAAUGACACAGAAGGCCCAGUAAACCCAAAAUGUAAUGUCCUCAUAUGAGGACGCAGGGUCUCUGGGGGAUAUUAGUAUCACCUUUGUUUAACACAAACUAAUAUAUCAUACACACAUGGUCAUAUCCGCACCCAAGUAACAACCUCCCCCUGCUGCCAGUGACAUCAGUGCCCCCACCUCUGCGUCUCUGCCAGGACCCUCCAUAUGAAAAUAGCUGACACAUCUACAUAUCAAACUACUGAUUUAACUUGUGAGUCAUAUUAAAUUCUGUAAAUCACCUUGUUUUGUUUGUCUGCUCUUGGUUAUUUCCCCGUGUUCCCAUCAAGGUUGUACCUGUAAAGCCACUACUGAUAUACACUUCUUCUUCUUUGUUGUUGUUGUUUGGCAUCAAUAACUCCAUAUAAAGGAGUUGUCCAUUGUGUUUAUCAAUUUCUUUCAUAAGUUCAACAUGUUCCAGCAAGUCUAAUAAAACACUGUAUUCAAAUGUAAAUGUCCUUUAU